CCAACAAAUAACUUGUGAUAUCAUUUUGACUGAUCAAAAUGAUCCAUCACUUAUCAAUAAUACACUAGUAAUGACAUCAAAAGAACAACAGCAAAUAAUUAAUAAUGACAAGAAUAAUAAUACGUCAACUACUACUGAUAUUAUCAUAAAAUCAACUUCUCAAUCAAUUGAAAAUAUGAAAUUAUCAUCACCGAUAAAACAAUCAAACAGUUCAAGUUGUUUAACCAAUCAAAAGGCAGCAAGCGAAUCCACAACACAUCAACAAACAACUAUGGAAUGUCCAAUGAAUGCAGUUGCUUUACGCAAUUUAGCCUAUCAAACAUGGCGUAGUCGAUCAGUUCAAAGUGCACGUAUUGAACGUUUAACAAGUUUACGCAAUGAAAUUGAUGAAACAAAAAAAGAGAAAGAGAAAUUAGAAAGAUUGAAAUCAAAUGAAAAUUCAUUUCAAGCAUGGAAACAAAGUAAACAUCAACUAUUAAUUGAUACAAUAAAAAAACAGAAAGCAGCAGAAUUAGCACAGAAACAAAAGUUGGAAGAAGAACAAGAACGUAAAAUGAAUUCAGAAAAGG